ACACUCUCAGUACGACUCUAGUCGCUUUGCCGCUUGGAACAGGCGCGUUUAACGUUGCCGGCCACACGGAGAGGGCGAGAGAGGCAUGGAUAAUAUUCGCUGAAGACGAAGACAAAUCCGGUAGACAUGUGAACAGAGUGAAUGCAGUGUUCAGUGACGUAAUAAGUGCAAUUUACCAAAACAUUCGUUAAGGUGACGACACUGCAACCAUGGACGUAAAAAGUUCGAUCUCAAGACAAGAAUGGCAUAUACCGCGGCCAUCGCUUGCUACUAAUAAUGGAAGCAUUAAUGACUCGAGUUCUCGCGGCGGCUCCGCCUCCAGCCAAGGCUCAUCAAGUAACCACAGUACACACAGCGUGUCUUCAGGGUCAUUGUUAUUGAGCGCUGCGAAUUUAGCGCGGAUGAGUGGUAGAAAUACAGUGCAAGAAGAAUGUUACCAAAUUCAACCGCAAUCGAUCAAGUUGGGAAGUCAAUCUAAGGCCGUUAUCUCAAUACCCGAGGAAUCGUCUGAGACUACGGACAAAUUUUGGUCGGACGUAAAAAGAGGAUCACUACCCGGCCCUGACGCAACGUCUGUCGCUAGCUCAACCCAUUUCACAGUUGUAAAUGGAUUCACGAAGCAUCGCCCUAGUAAAGAACCGAAGUCGUGUUGCUGCGAUCAUUCUCAUCAGAUAACCGUCCUCGUUAUAUCAAUGACAAUUCUUUUCUCCGCCUGUAUUCUAGCAGCAAUUUGUUUUGUUGAAAUGCGGAUGCGUCGCGAGACUGGUAUGUACAAGUACUCCUAAGAAGAA